UAAUGUCUUUUUUCGAAAUAUAAGUGUAUUGACAGGUCUAGCCUCUACUUUGUGAUAUAUUUUCCCCAAAAUGCUUACAAGACCCUAUAAGAUUAAUUUGACAUUCGAGGACGAAUGUUCUAAAGGGGGGGAGGAUGUUAUACCCCGUACAUUUAUAUGACGAAUUAUCCGCAAGAAAAUCGACUCAAGUUAAAGGCGGAAUUAUUUUCGGAUACGAAAUAGAAAUCGUUAAUUUUCAAUUUUAAUUAAAACAUAAAUUGUGUAUGAAUUUUAUUGGUAUAAAGAUAUUAUUGGAGAUUAGGGGUAAAUUAACUAUGAUUAGAUUAUUAAGUGGGAUUAAAAUUUAAAUCACUUCAUUAAUUAAUUAAGCUUAAGGGGCCAUGUGGGCCCCACCCGAAAAAAAAAAAAAAGGAAUCAAAAUCUGGAAAUUAACAAAACAAGGUGCAAAAGUGAGUCAUCAAAAGGGGGAAUACGUGUAGCAAUAUGGGAUAUAUAUAUAUUUAAUGGGAUGUAGUGCAAAUGACCAUUUUCAAGUCAUUUGUUGGUACACAAAGCUCAAGAGCAAGAAAAACAAAUGCCCAUGGCUGCUCACGGCUAGAUUGGGGCUUAAAAAAAAAAAAAAAAAAAAACAGUUUUGUUGCUUAGUAAAAAUUCUAAGGAGAAGACAAGGAGAUAGAGGUGGAGAAGCAAGAACAAGUAUAAAGAUUUAAGACACAAAUUGGAGCCAAGUAUCCAAGGUAAGAAUUGGUUAUUUUCUUUUACAUUUAGAAUGAGUUGGAUGCAUUGUGAAUAUGUAUAAAAUGGUGCAUGUUGGUAUUGAAUGUUGUUGUUGAAAUUUAAAGUUAGCCGUGUGAAGGGCUUAUGUGAAGUAAUGUUUGAAUUUCUUGUACAUGUAUUAAGGAUGGUUUGAAUGAUGUAGUGUGUUUGAAAGGAAUGAAAAUUAUGGAAUUUUGUAUGUAGUUGUGUUGAAGCCGUGUAGGAGUUGAUUUAAGGAGUUAAUGGACUGUUUUAUGUGAUACUUUAGUUGUUGAUUGUUAUGGACAUUGUGGUGUAUUGUUUGCAUUUUAAAUAUGUGAGUUAAGAUGUAAGAGAAAUGAUAUAUAUGGAAGUGGGAAAAACAGUCCAACCGUGGACUGUUUUAUGUAAAUGGAUGGGCUAAUUUAGUUUGAAUGUUGAUUGUUGUUGUCAUGGGUUCUAAAAUAAGAAUGAAGACAUAGAUGGUUAAAAAGUGGAGUUGAAGUCGUUAUGGGCUGUUGUAGGAGUUAGUAUGCUAUUAAUAUAGUCUCUUGCGGUUAUAUAGACAAUGUUGCUAAACAUGUUAUUGUUGUUUGGUUGGAGUUGGACAAUUGCAAGUUAUUGCGAUUUUUGUAAACUUGAUAGAUAAGUGUUGAUCACAAGAAAUUGUAAAUGGUAAUGUUAUGUUGCUGUUUUGGGCCGUGAGCAGGAGUUAUUUUUGAUCAAGCAUGAUAGUUAAUUUUCAGUAGAAUUAUAGUUGUUGUUGUCCCGAACUAUAUGGCGAAAAGAUUGGAAAGUUAAAGUUGGAAUUGUGUUGAUACGAUCAUAUUGUCGCUUUUUUUUAUUGGAUUGAAGGAAUUGAAAGUAUAAGUGUGCCCAUGUAUUGUUGCUGGUAUUUCUGUGUCUACAGGAACACAAUUGGAAAUUUGGAUAGGUGAACCUAUAAGGGGAAGUGCUGCCGAAUUUUCGCCAAAAUGCUAGUUAAUAGAAUACUUAAGUGAGAACAUAUAUAUAGACGGGAAUGUAGGUCCUAUAGAAGAAUGAACUACAGAGUGGCGAACUAGGAAAUAUAGUUACUAACGAUAACGUCACUUUUAUAUAAAUAGGCGAAAAGAGCAACGAGGCAAAAGGGAUUCACGGAUAAUCGUCGACAGGUAUGUAAAGCUAUCCCUUUUCUUCUUUUGGCAUGUCCUAGGUGUACUAGGAUCGGAUUCGAGCCUCGGAAAAUAUUCUGCUCAUCGGAAUCCGCAUUUGAAAAUAUCCCUCUUUCAUUCAAUAGAAUUGAACCUUUUUUUGUAUGCUUUCUUGAAAAUUAUGCAAACCUUCCCCAAACUUUAUGAAAAGUAAUAAAAUGUCCGUAGAACCUUCGUAGGUGACCCCAUAAGCCUAAAAUGCGUAAUUUGAGCCCACCGCCUUGCUUGUCCCAAGGUGGGCCCACUAGUCCCGAUUUUACCCUUAUUGUACUUAAGGCUCGUUUUCGAGCAGUUUUUGGAAAGAAAUGUUCUGACUACUCUUUUAACUACUAAACAAAAAAAAUUGUUUUAAAUAAUUCAUUAAGUCUUAUAAAUUGUUUUGGCACUCGGAACGACUUCAGAAAGGUUAUGCUUCUGUAAUUCAUUAUGACAUCCGAAACUCACUUAUUAUGAUCCCGUCUGACUUCAUUGAAUUGGUUUGUCAUUGAUAUGCCUCAUCGAGUCUCUGAAAAUAUUUAUGAUAUUUUAACUGCAUUUAGUUUCUCACUACUCCACUCGUGGAUGCCCCAAUGUUUCCCACACUGAGCCCGGGCCAGGAUAUGUUGUCAAGCGUAAUCCUCUGCAUUGUUCGCCGUGCCUCGAUGUGAGGGGGCAGGUAUACGUGUACAUGGGUUUGUGGAGUAUGCUGUGCCAUGUACACAUGUUCUGAUAUGAUUUGCCAUGGCCAUCUGAUAUGAUAUACUAUGUUACGGGGUUAUGCCCCUAUUCUGAUUCUUCUGUGUUGUGGCACCAGCGUCGGGAGGGUGGCCACGUUCUGUCUGCCGAGUCCCUUGGCAGGGGUCGGAUUUGAUAUGACAUAUGUUUCUGUACACACUCCGCAUGUUUUGAAAAUAUGUAUUUGAUACUUUGGAUUUUCUACUCACUUUUUCUGUACGUUCUGUACCAGUUAUGAUUUUGUUUCUGUAAUUCAGGCUUUACAUAUUCAGUACAUAUUUCGUACUGACCCCCUUUCUUCGGGGGCUGCGUUUUCAUGCCGCGCAGGUACCGACGACAGGUUUGCUGAUCCGUCCGUCUAGGAUAUUUUUCUGCCAUUUGGAGCGCUCUUUUAUUCAGAGCCCAUCUUUUGUGAUGCCUCCGAAAAAGGCGACGGCCGCCCAGAAGAAAAAGGGCGUGGUAGGAGAGACCAGUCGGGCUCAGAAGGGUACUCGGACCCUUGCUCAGAUGAUGCGUGAUAUUGCGUCCCAGCCAGCAGACUCUACUACGUCUUCAUCAUCAGAGGAGUCUGGAGCACCAGUCGCUGCCACUAGGGGUCGGGGGACGGCUACACCAUUAGCUCCAGAGGCUCCAACGGCCGCGCCUCCAGUUCCCCAGCCAGGGGCAGAUGAUGGUACCCUGCGAGAGGCAGUUCAGCUAUUGACUCAACUGGUAGCGGGGCAGGCUCGCAGACGCUGGCGGAGGGAUGAUGAUGAUGAUGACAGGCGUGACAGCCUGAGGGUUCGAGAGUUCCUAUUAUGUGGCCCCCCAGAGUUUUUUGGGUCUAAGCCCGACGAGGACCCCCAUGACUUUAUUCGGGGGAUGCGACGCUCACUAGACUUGGUCAGGGCUUCAGAGACUGAGUCUGUUGAGUUGGCCUCGCACAGACUACGGGAUGUUGCUGCUCACUGGUAUGAGUCCUGGGAGCUAUCCAGGGGUGAGGGUGCUUCCCCAGCUACUUGGGACGAGUUCGUGGCUGCGUUUACCCGCCACUUUUUGCCCCCAGAGUUACGGCGGGCGCAGGUUGAUCGAUUUUUGCAUCUGCAGCAGAGGGGUCGGAGCGUUCGUGAGUAUAAUUUGGAGUUUGAUUCUCUGGCCCGGUAUGCACCUGCCAUAGUAGCAGACAUGGCCGAUCGGAUGCACAGAUACGUGAUGGGGUUAGACCGUUAUUUGAUUGAUGGCUGUAUGGCGGUGGCAUUGCAGACAGAUAUGGAUAUCGCCCGACUACAGGCCUAUGCUCUGGGUAUGGAGGACCGACACAGGGACGAUUAUUCCAGCAGAGAUCGGGACAGGAGGCCGCCCAAGAGGGCCAGGUCUGCAGGAUAUUCUGGAGAUUCCCGAGGCAGACAGCCUCAGCCGCAGCAGCAGUCUAGCUGGCAUUCUUCCCAGCCGGCACAGAGCACACCUCCGCAGUUCUCAGGCAGGAGAUUUGAUAGCCCAGGGUAUUUAGGAGCAGACCAGAGCUCCGGGGUUUCAGGUUCGCGGGUAGACAGGAGUUCCGGUCAGACGAGGCCACCCAGGCCUCAGUGUUCUUACUGUGGGAGAUACCACCCUGGAGAGUGCUACCGUGCUACAGGUGCUUGUUAUUCUUGUGGCCGCCAGGGCCAUACUGUGAGAGAGUGCCCGUAUAAGGGUAAUUUGGGAGGUGCAGCGCAGCCUACCGGGUCAGUCGCUGGGUCAUCGUCUCCUUCGAUAGCCAUACGCCCUGCGGGGCAGGGUACGUCGACAUCAGCAGGCCGCAGCAGAGGUCGUGGCGGAGCUCCCAGUUCAAGCGGUCCUUCGAACCGCAUCUAUGCCUUGACUAGUCGACAGGACCCGGAGGCGCUACCAAACGCGGAUACAGGCGAAAAGAGCAACGAGGCAAAAGGGAUUCACGGAUAAUCGUCGACAGGUAUGUAAAGCUAUCCCUUUUCUUCUUUUGGCAUGUCCUAGGUGUACUAGGAUCGGAUUCGAGCCUCGGAAAAUAUUCUGCUCAUCGGAAUCCGCAUUUGAAAAUAUCCCUCUUUCAUUCAAUAGAAUUGAACCUUUUUUUGUAUGCUUUCUUGAAAAUUAUGCAAACCUUCCCCAAACUUUAUGAAAAGUAAUAAAAUGUCCGUAGAACCUUCGUAGGUGACCCCAUAAGCCUAAAAUGCGUAAUUUGAGCCCACCGCCUUGCUUGUCCCAAGGUGGGCCCACUAGUCCCGAUUUUACCCUUAUUGUACUUAAGGCUCGUUUUCGAGCAGUUUUUGGAAAGAAAUGUUCUGACUACUCUUUUAACUACUAAACAAAAAAAAUUGUUUUAAAUAAUUCAUUAAGUCUUAUAAAUUGUUUUGGCACUCGGAACGACUUCAGAAAGGUUAUGCUUCUGUAAUUCAUUAUGACAUCCGAAACUCACUUAUUAUGAUCCCGUCUGACUUCAUUGAAUUGGUUUGUCAUUGAUAUGCCUCAUCGAGUCUCUGAAAAUAUUUAUGAUAUUUUAACUGCAUUUAGUUUCUCACUACUCCACUCGUGGAUGCCCCAAUGUUUCCCACACUGAGCCCGGGCCAGGAUAUGUUGUCAAGCGUAAUCCUCUGCAUUGUUCGCCGUGCCUCGAUGUGAGGGGGCAGGUAUACGUGUACAUGGGUUUGUGGAGUAUGCUGUGCCAUGUACACAUGUUCUGAUAUGAUUUGCCAUGGCCAUCUGAUAUGAUAUACUAUGUUACGGGGUUAUGCCCCUAUUCUGAUUCUUCUGUGUUGUGGCACCAGCGUCGGGAGGGUGGCCACGUUCUGUCUGCCGAGUCCCUUGGCAGGGGUCGGAUUUGAUAUGACAUAUGUUUCUGUACACACUCCGCAUGUUUUGAAAAUAUGUAUUUGAUACUUUGGAUUUUCUACUCACUUUUUCUGUACGUUCUGUACCAGUUAUGAUUUUGUUUCUGUAAUUCAGGCUUUACAUAUUCAGUACAUAUUUCGUACUGACCCCCUUUCUUCGGGGGCUGCGUUUUCAUGCCGCGCAGGUACCGACGACAGGUUUGCUGAUCCGUCCGUCUAGGAUAUUUUUCUGCCAUUUGGAGCGCUCUUUUAUUCAGAGCCCAUCUUUUGGUACAGUCUGUCACUACUGUAUUUAUAUAUUCUCGUUCAUGGGUACGGCGGGGCCCUGUCCCGUCAUAUGAUUCUGUCGGUCUGUUUAGAGGUCUGUAGACAUGUUUGUGGGUUGGGGUCUUUCUGUACGGAUGCGUGUAUAUGUUGUGUUUGGGCGAUCCCAUUCACCGCGGCGGCCGGUCCGCAUAUGUUUAAAUGUUGCUUUGUUGGCCCUGGGUGGUCAUUGUUGGUAUUAUCUGUGCGCAGGGUUAAUUUGGAUAGUCUGUAAAACAAAGGAAACUCUGCCGAAAUUUUUCUGGAAAUUAUCUAAAUUUGAAAUAUAGCCUUGUCGGCUUCUGCUAUAUACUUGAAUGCGUUUGAUAAAAAUUUGAGAUAACAUUUGAUAGAUGUGUUUGGGUGCCCAGAUCGGGCACUAGUCACGGCCUAUGGGGUUGGGUCGUGACAGAAGUGGUAUCAGAGCGGUUUGUCCUCGGAAUGUCUACAGACCGUGUCUCGUAGAGUCUUGUUUAUCGGUGUGUUGUGCACCACAUCUAUAAACAGGAGGCUGCAGGACAUUUAGGGUGUUUCCUUCCUUUGAAUCUUAGAUCGUGCGAUAGAGCUAUGCUAU